AUGUCGGGAGAGCACUUUUCUCCAUCCCAGGCGCCUGAGGUCUUAAGCCUGGACAACAACAGCUCCAGUCCCGAGGUUCAGAUUCAACCUCAGCAAUCUCAACCUCUACAGUUGCUUCUGAUGGAAGACUCCCGGCAGAAUCGCGCUCCUUUCGGCGUGCUGGCACCUGAGUGCCUCAGCCCCUGCAUGGACGCCGACGAAAGUGCCGGGAACCUAUCCGAUGGACUCGAGCUGAUUGGUUGUUCCAUGUUGUUCCUUUGCCAGCAUCUUCGUGUGGCAGCGCCACUUAGGCCGAGCUGCUUGAGUGACGUGGAGAACAUUGAUUUUUGCCAUUGA